AUGACCGAGCUGGGCCGCACUGAGCGCAUCAAGAAUGCCUCGGAUCCACAGUUUGCAACCGUUCUCACCACGCCCUACUUUUUUGAGCGACGUCAACCCGUGCGCUUUGCCGUGUAUGACAUGGAUGGCUCAUCUCAAGAGCUGCGCGACCACGACCUCAUUGGCGAGUGCGAAACCACCAUUGGGGCUCUGGUUGGCGAGCACGGCGGCACCUUGCAUGAACAGCUGACCUACAAGGGCAAGAAGCGAGAGCGUGGCUCCCUGACCGUCGUUGCCGAAGAGGUCAAGGCUGCGGCCGGCGAAGCCAUCUUCCAGAUUCAAGGCACCAAGCUUGACAAAAAAGACUUUUUCGGCAAAUCCGAUCCUUUCUUCAAGAUCUUUAGGCAAAGCGGGGGCGGAUGGACCUGCGUGGGAACGUCCGAGGUGAUCAUGAAGAACCUCGAUCCCGUCUGGCAACCCUUUCGCUUGGCCAUCGGCAAACUAUGCAAUGGCGACGAUCAACGUCCCCUCAAGUUUGAGGUUUACGACUGGGAUUCCGAUGGUGGCCACGAUCUCAUUGGCAUCUGCGAGACCACGCUUGCCCAGCUCAAGAGUGGCACACAGAAACUCGAGCUCAUUAGAGCCAAGAAAGUCGGUCGCAAGAACUACACCAACUCGGGCGUGCUUACCAUUCGCACGAGCAUUGAGGCCUCGUUCACCUUCCUGGAUUUUUUGCGCAAUGGUUACGGCAUCAAUGUCAGCUUUGCCGUCGAUUUCACGGGCAGCAACGGAAGCCCCAAGAUGCCCUCCUCGCUGCAUUACAUGAAUCCAAUGGCACCCAACGAGUACAUGCAAGCCAUCAUGGGCAUCGGUACCAUUUUGGCCGACUACGACUCGGACAAGCUCUUUCCUGCGUUUGGCUAUGGUGCCAAAUUUCCUAAUGGCACCGUGAGCCAUGACUUUGCCCUCAAUGGCAACGGUGACAAUCCCUUUUGCUCCGGCGUCCCGGGCGUCAUCACCGCCUACCAACAGGCUUUGCACACUGUCGAUCUCUGGGGCCCUACCAACUUUGCCCCCAUCAUCUCGCGGAUGGCCGGCAUUGCCGAAGCACACAGCGAGCGCCAAUACCACGUCCUGCUCAUCAUCACAGACGGUCAGAUCACCGACAUGGCCGAUACCAAGAUGGCGAUCAUCAAGGCAUCCCGCCUGCCCAUGUCCAUUGUGAUCAUCGGGGUUGGAGGUGCUGAUUUCAGUUCCAUGGAGGAGCUGGAUAGCGAUCACCAGGCUCUAAGCCACAACGGCAUGCGUGCCCAGCGCGACAUUGUACAGUUUGUUCCCUUUCGCCAGUAUGCAUCGCAAGGCCCACCCGCUCUGGCACAGGCGGUCCUUGCAGAGAUUCCGUCGCAAUUUUUGUGCCAUAUGAAAGAUAACAACAUCCGCCCCUAGGCUCAGCCUCGGGGGCGAUGGUGAAAAUAAUCGCGCUCUGCCUAUGCCAAGUAGUGCAGUUGCGUGCGGUCUUCUUCGAGCCGCUUUAUAUACUCCUUAUCAAUCAAACCCUACUCACGGCA